ACUACUAUUUUGCCGCAGUAGUCUGAACACGCAAUGCUCAAGUGACAAAGCACAAAGCGCCUGCGUUCUAUUUUCACUUGUCUUGUAGGUAGCCUGCAGGUGCCCAUAAGCUGGUCCAAGGGCUGGCGCUGCAGCUGUGUGAAAAACCUUCUAGAAAUAACAGACUUGUAGCUGCGUAGCUUGAACGUUUAAAGAACGUAGCAAACGGUCUGUUGAGGCUUCAAUCAAGUUUUCACUUCAGCUUGUGAUGAAUGAACUGACUCCAGAAGAGAUGCGGCGGCGGCGGCUGGCGCGUUUGGCGCCGUCCGCGCCGCCCGCUGCUGCAGCCGGAGAGAGCGUCCCCGACCCGCCGGCCGGGACCGACCCAGAGACCGGUCAGGUGCCAGCGAGCUCAGCCCCCGCUGCACCAGAGGUGAGCGGUGUGUCCCAGAUGGAGCUGGACGCCGCUCCGCCGACGGUGGCUCCCGUGUCGGCGGACACGCUGAUCGUGGGACCGCAGAAGGGCCGUGCCGGUGGCCCUCUGGCCGGGCUCGAGGAGCUGCCCGCUGCCCUGGACCCCAUGGAGACGGACCAGCUGGAAGAGAGUGCCACCAAACGGCUCCGGCCGUCGGAGCCCUCACCGCACCAGCCGGCCUCGGACCCGGUCCUUCCGACGCUGUGCCGUGUACUGUGUGUGGCGCCGGCGGACGGGCCGCGACCGGAGGGUGCCCCUCACCAGGUGACUGUGCCGGCUGAUCAGCUGACCGCUGCCGCCGGUACCGAGGACUGGGUGGACCAGGUCCUGAUGGAGGUUCUGGUGGACAUCAGCAUGGCGUCAGCACCUCUCCCCUCCCCCGUACCUGACCAGAAGCGUCCCGACUACAUCCCGACUCCUCCCGCUGCUGCGUCACCGUUCCCGUCGGGAUCAGCGGCAAAGACGGCUGACACCUCUGCCGGGGACCGACCGGAGUCGGGAGCCGCGGCGGAGACCCAGUCCAGUGUCCAGUUCAACCUUCUGCUCUACCUCACCGAGUGUGUGGCCAGAGGAGAGGAGGAGAUCCGACGAGCCCCCAGACGAUGCGGCGAGCCGCCUCUCAGCACUGCCCUCGCUGCAGUGCGCGCUCAGGCGGUGCGCUGCGCGGCGCUGGUGCUGCGCGGUCGACUGACGAGCCACCUGGCGGCGGCGCCGGCAGGCAGCUGGCCGCCACUGCUGCGCGCUGCCCUGGAACCGGGACUGCUACCGGCCGGGUUCCUGCCGGAGCUGGUACAGGAGCUGCUGAUUCAGGGAGAGGACGCACUACGGCAGGUGGUGCUGCCUGUGCUGCGGCGGCUGCACCGGAUGGCUCGCACGGCCUCCAUGUCAGAGCCGGAUCAUGGCCGACCGCUGCAGAUUCUGGCCGAGCUGUGUGAGGUGCGCGCCGGCGGACGGCGGCCCGUCUGUGACCUGAUCGUCACACUGCCGGAGUGGCUGCCGGUGCCCCUAUCAGCUGCACCCGGCCGGGAGGUGGCCGCUCUGGCCUUCCUCGGCCCCUUCCUGCGCUAUUCUGUGCUCUCAGAGGACGACUGUAAGGUGAUCAAGAAGUCUCACGCGGGCGCCACCAACCCGGAGGCGGUACGGAUGCUGCACCGCACGCUGCAGCAGCAGCUGGAGAUCGUCAGGACACACCAGUUCAACAUUCUCCACGCUCUGCUGGUCAACUCUGGCUCCCGGGAGGCCACUCUGACGCUUCUGGCCGGCCUACUAACGGCCAACGAGCGCCGGGGGCAGCUGCACGCUGACGACAGGCUGGUGGCCGGCGACGGACUCAUGCUCAACCUGGUCACCGUGCUCAUGAAACUGGCCAGCAGGGUAAAACUGGACAAAGUAGAUGUGUGUUUCACAUUCCAUCCCAAGUUUAGGUUUAAUAUUGAUGGCGAGACGCGAGUGAAGAUGACGUCACAGGAGGCUCAAGAAUGGAAGGAAAAAAUGGUGUCUGGUCCUGCUCCGGGGGUGGCCUGGAGCGACCCCACCUUCCACACCGAGUGCUGGUACCUCACACUGCACUGUCAUCACCUGUCGAUUCUGCCGGCCACGCGGAAAUACCAGCACCGACUGAGGGCUAUCCGAGACUAUCAGAGACUGAUUGACGACCUGAAGAGCUCAGAGGCGCAGUGGAAGGACACUCCGCACGCGGCCAGAAACAAACAAAUGCUGGCCAAGUGGAAAAACCUCCACAAGCGUCUGAGCGAGGCGGCUCUAUCCGCGGACGCCGCUCUACUGGACCCGGUACUGCUGCAGCGCAGUAUGUUGUUCUACUCCCACACAUGUCAGCUGCAACUGCGUCAGAUGGGCGCCCAGAACGGUCAGCUGCCGUCCCACGUACCCGACACGUUCCGCGCGCAGCUCGAGUGGUACAUCGAGGACAUCGCCGAGCUGCUGCUCUUCACGCUGCAGCACCGUCCGGCGCUGGUGCGGGACAACCUGGACGACGCCAUGCUGGUGUGGCUGCUGGUGCUCUGCUGCUCGCCUUCCUUCUUCAACAACCCCUACCUGGUGGCCAAGCUGGUCGAGGUGCUCUACGUCCUCAAUCCUUCCGUCCAGGAGGGCAUGGAGGAUGUGUUCCAUAGAGUCAUGGCCCAUCCGCUUUCUGGGCCGCUGUCGGUCAGUCUGAUGAAGUUCUACACAGAUGUGGAGUCGACGGGAUCGGCCAACGAGUUCUACGAUAAGUUCACCAUCCGGUACCACAUCAGCAUCGUGUUGAAGACCAUGUGGGACUCGCCGCGGCACCGGCAGCUCAUGAUCGCAGAGUCCAACACUGGCAAACAGUUCGUCGUGUUCAUCAACAUCCUGAUGAACGACACGACGUUCCUGCUGGACGAGUCUCUGGAGAGUUUGAAGCGGAUCCACGACCUGCAGACGGAGGCCGAGGAUACCCAGCGAUGGCAGGCGCUCAGCCGGGAGGAGCAGCAGAGCCGCACCCGGCAGCUGCACUCGGACGAGUCACAGUGCAGGACGUACCUGACGCUGGGCCGGUACACGGUCGAGAUGUUCCACUACCUCACCAUGGAGAUCAAGGAGCCGUUCUUGCGACCUGAGCUGGCAGACCGACUGGCCGCCAUGCUCAACUUCAACCUGCAGCAGCUCUGCGGACCAAAGUGCAGCAACCUGAAGGUGAAGAACCCGGAGAAGUACGGCUGGGAGCCGCGCCGGCUGCUGGACCAGCUGACCGACAUCUACCUCCACCUGGACAGCCCCGAGCUGGCCGCCGCCAUCGCUAACGACGAGCGCUCGCUGCGACCGGAGCUGUUCCGUGACGCCGUCAGUCGACUGGAACGGAACGUCAUCAAACCGCAGCCCAAGAUCAACGCCUUCUGGGCGCUGGCCGAGAGGAGCCUGGAGAUCCGCGCCAAGAACGCCCAGAAGGCAGUGGAGUUCAGCGACGCGCCCGAGGAGUUCAAAGACCCUCUGAUGGACACGCUGAUGGAGGACCCGGUGGUGCUCCCCUCUGGUAAGGUGAUGGACCGGCCGGUCAUCACCCGACACCUGCUCAACUCAUCCACCGACCCGUUCAACCGGCAGCCGCUCACUGAGGAUAUGCUGGUUGAUGCCACCGAGCUGAAGCACAGAAUCCAGGAGUGGAAGAAAGCCAAGCUGGCGGAGAUCAAGUGAACUCCUCGGAAUCUCCCGUCCGGCCACCCAUCCAACAAAGGUGUGUAGUCUCUCAGCCUCCAUCGGCCUGGCUUUCUCACUCAUCUCACGGAAAAACUCACGGCACUCGCACCUGCCCCGAUGUGAUGAAUGCAGUGGUCGGUGGUGCGGUGUUCCACUCAGUAGCAAAGCUUUAUCAGCAGGCUGGUGUUCCGAGAGGUUGUGAUGGCCACGCGGCGGGCACGUAGCUUUUUACCUCGUCAUAACGUACACAUUGCACAUAAUACGCACAUCCCAUUGUUGGGGUGUCUUUUUCCACAUAUUGACUGGGGUCGCGACGGACCCGAGGACGGCUGCGGAGCAUCCCCCUAGCGCUGUGAUCGGUUGGUGAGCUCUGAUCAUCAGCUGUGAACUCUGGGGGUCGGGACUCGGGAGUGAGGCUGCUAAGGACGUAUGGUUAGCUAUGGGCGCCUGCAGCGAGCUAAGGUCUGGUGAGCUAAAGAUGUAUCAGUGAACUAUGGGCGUCGGCAGUGAGGUAAAAACGUCGGCAGUUAGCUCUGGGCGUCACUGGUCAGAUGGGCGCCUGCAAUGAGCUCCGGUAAGCUAUGGACGUCUGUCAAGCUGUGGGGCGUGUGGGCGUCCCCAGUGAGCUGCAGGUGUCUCCCACGCACUGUGAUGAUCAGCCGGACGUUCAGUUGUACAGUAUCAGUGGCGGCAACCGGUGCUCGGUGACCGUGGAGUGCCAGCCGGUCUUCGUAAACUCAAUGCGGAUCUCUGAGUGUUACCGCUGUCUCGGAACGGGGCACAGUGGUCGCUGUUCUUGCGGCCAGCAGGUCGCGGGGACAGACUGGCGGCAGGUCUGGUGACAGGGCAGGACUGUGCCGACAGCGGACAGUGUGUGACUGUCUUGACAGAUAGCCAAUGGACAUUGGAUGUCGGCCCGUCCAACGUGUGUGCGCUGUGGCUCGCGGACGCCUCGUGUGUAACCGGUCCGACUCGCUACCAGGGUGGGCAGGCACACCACCGACGUCGACCUGGCUCUCUGUGUGUGGGGUGACCUCGGAUAUAUAAUUUAUGGGUGUAUCGUCGGUCGGCCGGUCCAGAGCUGUGCGCGGCCCACAUAUCGAGUUACCGACGCGUGCGCGAGUGUUGAUUGUACAGAAUCCGUUUGUAUACUACCUGUCAUGACACCACUGGUGAAUGUGUUAUAAUAUACUUAUGUAUGAAAUAUCA